AGUGGCGGCGGUCCGGGAGCAGCAGACAGGCCGGGCCACCGCGAGGAACGCCCCGAGCGCGCGCCCGGCGGGUAGCGGUCCGGGGACCCGCGCUGCUUCCACCACUGCCGCCGCCGCCGCGUGCGGGGGUGGAGGAGGGGGGAAGGCGAGGAACCGCGGCAGCCGUGCGGUGGCGGGAGAUGCGGCCGGCCGCAGGCACUCGGCGGGCUCGGCUCAGCCACCGCCGCCUUCCCCGGCCCCGUCGCGCGGGUCGCCGCGGCUACCACGCCGACUUCGAGUUGCCAGCGUGAGCAGCCUCGCCUUCGAGGCGGAGACUGAGAGGAAGCCCCGCACGCGGUCCGCCACCUUCUGUCCUGGACAUGCUUAUGUACAGGAGCGUUGUCAUUUACCACAGGGCUUCGCUUCUGUCCCAAGGUAUCCAGCACCUUGCCAGCAUCUGACUCCACACACCAAACUCCCGUAGUCCAGAGGGAAAGGCAGAAGCCCAUUGCUAUGGACAGCGCCAUUACCCUUUGGCAGUUCCUCCUCCAGCUCCUGCAGGAGCCUCAGAACAAGCACAUGAUCUGCUGGACCUCAGACAAUGGGGAGUUCAAGCUUCUGCAGGCAGAAGAGGUAGCUCGGCUCUGGGGCAUUCGCAAGAACAAGCCCAACAUGAAUUACGACAAACUCAGCCGCGCUCUCAGAUACUACUACGUGAAGAAUAUUAUUAAAAAAGUGAAUGGUCAGAAGUUUGUGUACAAGUUUGUCUCUUACCCAGAGAUUUUGAAAAUGGAUCCAAUGGCAGUGGGCAGGAUGGAGGGAGACUGUGACCCUCCAAACCCCAGUGAAGUCAGCGGCAGCGGCUCCAAAGAGGCGGAGAACGGAGGGAGAGAGCGAGCAGCACCUCAGCCCGGCGCCAAGGCCUCGAGCCGCAAUGACUACAUCCACUCCGGCUUGUAUUCUUCAUUCACUCUCAACUCACUGAACACCGCCAACAAGAAGCUUUUCAAGUCUAUAAAGAUGGAGAAUCCAGCCGAGAAACUGGCCGAGAGAAAAGCUCAGGAGCCAUCACCAUCGGUCAUCAGAUUUGUAACCACACCUUCCAAAAAGCCGCCCGUGGAACCUGUUGCUGUCGCCAUCUCAUCUGGGCCCAGUAUUUCCCCGUCUUCUGAAGAAACCAUCCAAGCAUUAGAGACCUUGGUUUCUCCGAAGCUGCCUUCCUUGGAAGCCUCAACUUCUGUAUCCAGUGUCGCUUCCACUUUCACCCCCACACCUCCUGCUCCGUCCUUACCCCUUUCUUUGAAGGAGCCUUCUAGAACACCUUCUCCACCACUGAGCUCCAACCCAGACAUUGAUACAGACAUUGCAUCAUUGGCUUCUCAGCCAAUGGAACUUCCAGAGAACUUGUCACUGGAGUCUAAAAACGAGGACUCGGUUUUGCCAGAAAAGGACAAAACAAAUAGCUCCUCAAGGUCCAAAAAACCCAAAGGGUUAGAACUGGCACCCACUCUUGUGAUCACAGGCAGUGACCCGAGCCCACUGGGCAUAUUAAGCCCUUCUCUCCCUACGGCUUCUCUCACACCAGCACUUUUUUCUCAGACACCUAUCCUACUGACCCCAAGCCCUCUGCUCUCCAGCAUCCACUUCUGGACUACGCUCAGCCCGGUGGCUCCCCUGAGUCCUGCCAGACUUCAAGGUGCUAACACGCUUUUCCAGUUUCCUUCUGUACUGAAUAGUCAUGGACCAUUCACUCUCUCUGGCCUGGAUGGACCUUCUACUCCUGGUCCAUUUUCCCCGGACCUGCAGAAGACAUAACAUGUGCACUUAUGGACAGAACCGAGGAACCGAAGAACAGAGGCGCUCAACCUGGUUGCCUUUGAAGUGAGCAACUGGUUCUGCAGUUCUGAUUGUAGACUAUUGUGGGUUUUUGCCAUUUUCCAUCGAGAUGCCUUUUAUGGGUUCCAUUUGACUCAGUGUUGGACUAUGUAUAAAAAUGCCUUAAUUGGAGUCCAAACUCCACCUUCCUCUCUUGUUUUCUCUUUUUCUUUCUUUAGAGCUUUGUGCUAAAGUAAUUUUGGGUGGGGUUUUGACAGUUGCACUUCGUGAGAAUGUUUAAGAACAAAGUUACUCCUCCUGGCUGUCCGGUCUCUUUGUCAGGAAAAAAAUUAUUAUGCUUAGGCUCUUGUGAUUUCAAGUAAUAUUAGUUAAAUGACAUGGCCACCUAUUUAGGGCUAAUUAUGCUCUGUCAAACAACCGAGUUGUUCAUAAGCAGUGGGAGAAAAAGAACCAUUCCUGUUUGUACACAGUAAGAUGGGGACUCUUGUGUUGAGGACUGUAACGUUAGGUAUUCUGUUUAUGCCUGUCCAGGGCGGAGCUCUAGCCAUGGGUAUGGUCUUGUCUGAGCCUGUCAGUAGGGCUUAGGGCUAGUCUGUUUUGACAUAGAAGAUGGUUAAGGCUUGGCUUUUUACAGUGGUUUUUGGAUCAUCUGGUGGCUAUAGAGGACCCUGCAUCUAGCACAGCAACGUGGUAUGAUUACAUAACUGCAAGCAAAGCACGUAAAUGAUGUGUUUUAGGGAAAGGAUGGAUCUGGGCUUUGAAAAUUGGAAGCAUUCCCUACGUAAAAAGUUCUGUUGAAUACCUUCAAACAUGUGGCGCUUUUCCCAGUUAGAAGAACGCCAGAGUAAAGGAGCCAUUCUCUUUGCCGUGCAUCGUGCCCUGUGUUCUGCCCUAUAUUUAACAUCUUUUCUUUUAAAUCCAAGGCUGGUGAGGUGACUAGGAAGGUAAAGAAGCUGCCCAGUCAGUAGUGAAAGAUUCCUCCCAGAGGAGAAGAGGUUUCCCUUGGCACUGCCUACACGGCAGGAUCCAGCUGUUGGUAUUAGUAGUGAGAACUUGUGAUGUCAUACCGAGAUUGCCCCACGUACAGAAUAGAACCAUUGGCCAUCAAUGCCAGGAGCAGGUAGAUAGGUUUGAUCCCCGCAAACUGCAUCGAUACCAGUAUCACAGUGGAAUUGCCUGGAAAAUGUGGCUUUCAAGUCCAGGACUCAAUGAUAUGCCUACCCAUUGAAGUAGUUUUAUUAACCCUAUGACCGAAUCACGUGAACUCUGUGGAAAGGAGGAGUAAGGACUUAAAGGCUCAAAAGGACACUGCUGUGGACAUACCCCAUCUUCCACAUGUACAGUAUUCACUUGAAACGCACUUCUCUACAGUAGAGACGUGGAUGCCGCCUCUGCUAACGUUCCGUGGUGGAGAGAGCAGGGCGCUGGGUGCUGCCUUGCGCUCGGCGGUGCUGGGGACCAGCACUGGCUCAUUUGAGUCCUCACUUCUCUUCCUAAGACGUGCAAUAGUAGUGUGGAAAGGCCGUGUUCCGUGUGACAGGACAGGCACUCUGUGUUAUCUCCCCAUCUUUCUUAGUUUGCUUCCCCGUUGGCCCCUCAGCUGCACACUUUGUACAGUCAGUCAGCUGUAGUGGUUGACUUAGCCAGAUGUUUUAAAUUCUGAAAGCACAAAAGUAUUUUGCCCUUUUGAGUUAAAGGAGAAAAGCCAUCGGUCUGUGUUCACAGAUGGUGUUUGAUAGCUUACACUCUCAGAACAGAACGGCCUUAGCGCCAUGGGCACUGCCAUUUCAGCUCUGAGCAACUUCCUAGGAAGCGGUGUUCGAGGUCAGCCGGCCCGUGGCUUUCUGUAAGCCUGUGAGUGCAGUGUCGGAGGUGCGAGGUCUCUCGAGGAGGGGGAUCUGCUUGCUUUUUGACAGCAGCCACUCUGGGGAAGUGUGUACCUGUUGUGUGUGUGUGUGUGUGAAUGCGUGUGUCCUUCAAGUCAUCAUUUCCAACUUCGGCAUGUGUGUG